ACAUGAUCAUAACAUUAACCUAUUUUUAUAAACAAUUUUAAAAAUGUCUGUAAUUUUUCAGACAGUAAAAUUAUGCCUAAAUAGGAAGUCGUAUAAUACAUCAUACUGCAAAUAUUUGUUUUUUAGAAAUCAAUCAGAUACAGCGAAGAAGUUUAUUACUUUUGAUGAGAUAGUGGCCCAAAGGAAAGCUGAGGCACGUCGAAGCCUCGUAGUACAAGUGAACUCUGAAUCGUCGUUCAGUGAAUUGUAUGGAUACUGUUCUAAAUAUGCAACAAUUAAUGAUGUACACCACUACAAAAAUUCAAAUGAUGAGCAUUUCAUGCUCAUCGAGUUUAAUACAGAGGAUAACAUGAAAGAAGUACUAAACGCAUGCAGUGCCCACCAAAAAGACAUUGAUGUGAUGGCUGUAAAGUCUCCCUUCCUCUGGUUCCGUGCUGCUCCUGGUGAAAAACAGAAGUUUGCAGCGAGUAACAAGACUUUAGCAAUAACAAAUGGCACGGCACAGGUGGAAGAUGAUGUUCUGUUUGAAGAGCUGUUUAAUUGUGAGACGGUGUCGCAGCAGAUACAGUUGCUCUAUGAUAGGACUAAGUUGAAUGAUAUGGAUAUAAGGCUGAGGUACAUGGUUGCUAGACAGCUAGAAGUUGUAACAAAUAGUCUCUACGCAAACAUAUCUAUACAGCCUUUUGGAUCGUCAGUGAAUGGAUUCGGUAAAAUGGGAUGCGACUUGGAUCUGGUUCUUACUAACACUGUGACACAGGAGAUGAUGGAGCCAAGCCGUCGCUUAGUGUUCCAAGAGAGGAAGUACGAAGGGGGUCGGAGCCCCUGGCAGAGGCACAUGGAACUGGUGGCGUCUCUGCUGGAACUAAGGAUCCCAGGGGCCUCCAGGGUCACCAGGAUCCUGAAUGCCAGGGUCCCAAUCGUAAAGUUUUCACAUGAAAUUAGCGAUCUGGAGUGCGAUCUGUGUUACAAUAAUAUGUCGGGCGUGUACAUGUCGGAGCUGCUGUGGCAGCUGGCCUUCCGCCUGCUGCUCGACCGCGCCGGAAAGGAAGACAUCCGUAUAACCGAGGAGAAUCUCAACUGCACAUUCCUACGCGACCUCAACAAGUUGCCACCGGACAGCUACGGGCAAUGCGACGACGACUUGCAAACACUUCUGUACAACUUUUUCGAGUUUUACGCGCAAUUCAACUUCCAAGAGAAGGCAAUUUCUAUCAACGAAGGCGUGGCCUUGAGGAAACCGAAUGGCCAGCCUCUCUAUAUAGUUAACCCGCUGGAACCGGCCUUAAACGUUAGCAGAAAUGUCAGCUACGAAGAGUGCGAGCGGCUGAAGACGGAGGUCAGAAAUGCGGCUUGGCACCUGGAGAGCAUCCUGGACGGAAAGAAAACGGAAGACUGGGGCCUCCUGGGCCUCUUAGAGAGACGGUCGACGAGAGACUUGAAAAAGUUACUCCGCGUGGGAAAUACGCAUAGGCUGGUCUCUGUGAAAGAUUUGUUCGCAGACGAUGGGACACCAGAAGAAUCGAAUAGUAAGUUGCAGAAAAUCGUUAAGACUGACAAGGAAAUAGAAGAAAGCGUAAAGGAAAUGAGGGAGGAAGUGAAGGAAGUAAAAGAGCCGAAGGAGAGGAGAUUGAAGUUCAAAAACACACAAGUGGCGAAGGAGGUGUACAGGAUACGGAGGAAUAAAUUCUUAUGAUUGUUGGUUUUUGAUGGAAGAGUGAACUCAAUUGAGCAAAAUUGUUGUGUGUGAUUGAUUGAUUGGAAUUUCCUGUAUUUGAUUGUGUAAAUAAAUAUUAUUAUAUAGAAAUGCGAAGGUAUAAUUUUCGUCUUUUGAUUCCGUAUAGACUUAAGACCUCGAAAACGUCGAAGAUUUACUCUAAUUUGUAUAAUAUUAUAUUCACAUAAAUAUCCCAAUAUGUUUGCUUUUGUACUUUAGUGAUUUUAUUUUGUCGCAUACUUUCAUUUGUCAGUUCUGUACCAUAAGUGCGUACUGUAUGAAUUGUAAAUAUAACAACGUUUAUCAGCAUAGUCUAAUGUAUGAAGUGACUUAAGUUUUAGUGUUAUUAAAACCAUUGAAAUAAU